UAUAUUUGUCAAUUGGAAAAAGAAAAAUUCUCAGUGGGCUCUCAAAAAGCUUUCAUCUUCCACUCCUCGAAACGAUUUGCCAAGUGAGCAAAGCAAAAGAACCCCCACCUUGCAUUCCCAUUUCUUCUCUCCGCGUUUUCCCUUUUCUCUCUCUUUUCGAUUGAUUCUCAGACGUUACAAAAAGCUUAAAACCCACGAACCCAGAACCCAGAACCACCAUUUUUUAACCAAACCCAUGAUUAUGGCUCUUCCCAUUUCCAGAUUACCUUCUCUCUUUCCCCUUCUCGCCAUUUUUCUUGCCUUCUCUACCUUUCUUUCUUCAACAGAAGCAUAUGAUCCACUUGAUCCAAAUGGAAACAUUACUAUCAAAUGGGAUAUUAUGAGCUGGACUGCUGAUGGAUAUGUUGCUGUUGUUACUCUGUAUAAUUUCCAACAAUAUCGUCACAUUCAAACACCGGGAUGGUCUCUCCAAUGGAAAUGGGCAAAGAAAGAAGUCAUAUGGGCCAUGUUGGGAGGCCAAACAACAGAGCAAGGUGAUUGUUCUAGAUAUAAAGGGAACAUCCCCCAUUGCUGCAAGAGGGAUCCAACGGUUGUCGAUCUAUUGCCCGGAACUCCUUAUAACCAGCAGAUUGCAAAUUGCUGUAAAGGUGGAGUUCUCAACUCCUGGGUGCAAGAUCCAGCUACUGCAGUGAGCUCAUUUCAGGUCAGUGUUGGUGCAGCCGGAACCUCAAAUAAAACUGUUCGACUGCCAAAGAACUUCACCUUAAAAGCACCUGGACCUGGUUAUACCUGUGGACCGGCCAAAAUUGUUAAACCGAGCAAAUUCAAUUCCCUCGACAAACGGAGAGUUACACAGGCAUUGAUGACAUGGAAUGUUACAUGCACAUAUUCACAAUUUCUGGCCCAGAAAACUCCUACUUGCUGUGUCUCGCUGUCAUCAUUUUACAACGACACAAUUGUUUCUUGCCCGAAGUGCUCCUGUGGCUGCCAAAGCAACUUGAACGCACCCCAAAGUUGUGUGGAACCAAAUUCUCCGCAUUUAGCUUCUGUUGUUACCAGUGCUAGUUCUAGCAAGAACAAUUUGACACCUUUGGUUCAGUGUACUGGCCAUAUGUGCCCUAUUCGAGUACAUUGGCACGUGAAGAUUAACUAUAAGGAGUAUUGGCGUGUGAAGAUCACAAUUACAAACUUCAAUUACAUGAUGAACUAUACAAAUUGGAACUUAGUUGUCCAACAUCCCAACUUCGACAAUCUAACACAGAUUUUCAGCUUCAACUACCAGUCAAUCAAUCCAUAUGGAACGAUAAAUGAUACUGCAAUCCUGUGGGGAGUCAAGUUCUACAACGAUUUGCUCAUGCAAGCAGGUCCUCUUGGGAAUGUACAGACAGAGCUACUUUUCCGGAAGGAUCAAUCAACUUUCACAUUUGAUAAAGGCUGGGCUUUCCCGAGGAGGAUCUAUUUUAAUGGCGACAAUUGUGUUAUGCCACCUCCAGAAGCCUAUCCCUACUUGCCGAACACAGGUUCUAAGCAAGGUGUCUCAGUGUUUACUAUGCUAUUGCUGACUUCAUUGACUCUCUUGUCCUUUCACCAUUCGUUUGCAUAACUUCUCGGUAUACUCGAGUCAUUCUGAAGUUUUGAGAUCAGUCUGGCCCAUACUAUUAAAAGAAAUGAUGAAUCUCAUGGAUGUGGAUCAUGACUUUUAACUUAGAUUGUUGCUUCAGGUGAAUUUUUUGGUGAUUGAAUUCACUUUGUAAAUGUUGUACUAUAUUACAGAAACUUUCUAAUAUUUCCAUGUCCGUGUCGAGAUCUGUUUAACUGUGGGAACUUGGAACAUUCAUUCAAAGCAAUUGUUAUCAUUAAAUGUCCUGCCAUUUUUUUA